CGUGUUCAUUUUAGCCAAUCAAUUCUUUUGUAAAUGAUUUUGGCAGUCUAGUGUCGAAAAUGGCGACUGCUGUAGACUACGGUAGGAUGUACACACCAGACAAUAUGUAUACGGGCUAUAUCAACACUGAUACAAGGGUGGGGGACGAAGUUGUCACUCAAGGGUUAGCUCAAGAUUUAGAGGCGUUUUAUAAUAAAAGUGAUUCUUCAGGAGAUAGAACUAAAGCUUUGGAGUUAUUGUCUUCCUUAAGAAUUGGAGGGGAACGUCAACAAGAAUCAUAUCCACGACCCCAUACUGCCAUGCCAACUGUUGGAGGCCAAUACCAUUCAAAUCCAUAUGUCACGUCAUACACUAGGGAUUAUCCACAGAAGGAGCAACCAUUCACGGGAGCUACAAGACCAAUGACAUCACAUGGUUUUAGAAAUGGACCAAUUGGAGAUACUACUUAUGCAGAAGAAUAUAAAGACAAACCAAACAGGCCAACAUCACCUAUCAGAAGUGGAUCUGCAUCUGGACAAAGAAAUAAUAAUCCACAUCCGCUACAGGCAUUUAUGGUAUGGCGAUUCCCAACCAAGACUAUGGCAGAACCUAAACCUAGCCCCUGGUCAGAGGAGUUGACAGAUGAUAAAAUUAACCAAGUACACAAACGUCUAUGUCAGUCCACUUACCAGACAGACUAUCUAGGAAUUCCUCAGGGUUUCCAAUUAAAAAGUGCCUAUACUCUUCCACCUGAUUGGAAAGCAGACAUUCCAUACACUUUAGACAGUGUAGCAAGAUAUUCUUAUCAAAAUCCAGCACAACCUGAAAAAUUAAAACUUCCUAUCUCAAGAUAUGGCAGUAAUAAAAAGAAAAGUAUGGCUGUUAAUGGCACAAUACCAACAGCGUCGUUAAGAUAUAAUCAUAUAAAACAGAGAACAACCUAUGAUAGGCACUACAAUGAUAAUUCUGGUAAUGUGGUACAACAAAUUAAAGAUGUCGGCCGUAAACUUGGUGCAGAAACUCUGAAAAAAUAUUAUGAAAAGGCAGCACCCGAAGAUAAAGACACAAUUAGGCGAAUACUAGAUGCAUAUAGAACAGGAGAUAUGCCACCAUCAAAACCAGUGCAUGCCCCAACUCCCCCUCCGUACCGCCCUGCUUCUCGAACACCAAGCAGGACAAAUCAACCAAGCACGCCUAUAUCAGAUAGUGAUAAUAGUGUUCCAAUAAACAUUUCAAACAGGGUCUCUGGACCAAAUAGUCCAGCUAUGACACCAACUCCAAUGAGAAAACCAGGGUCUCGAGUUGCAUGUACACCUAUUACGGACUAUAAUUCAGGCAAUCCAACCAACUACAGCCGUCCACCACAGUUUCAGUUUCCGAUGCAAGUGCCGAUGCCUAAUUAUAGUCCUGCUCCAGGUCCAUACAGCCCUCCAGAAUUUUUACAUUAAUAAACAUGAUUUUCUAGUCAGUCUUUUUUUUUCGCUAUAUUUUCAGAUGUGUUAGUACUUAAGUAGGGACUUUGCUAUUUUAUGUGGUUUGAUGAGAAUUUACUCUAUAAACAUUUCAUGUUUUGAUCUCUUUUGAAAACUUUUAUUGUUUAAAGUUUGAUUUUUCUCCGAGAUCACUUCAUUUUUUUUUAAUUUGUUAUGGAUGUUUUUUUGUAUUGUUAAAUGUUGUCUCACAUUUUUCACAACCAUUUUAUAUGUUUUCUUUUCCUAAUUUGCACAAUUAAGUACUAAACUGCAUUUAACUUUAUUACCUCGUAGUAGAUAAUAACAAUAAUAAUUAUAUAAUGAAAUAUUAAACAGAUGAUGAAAAAUAGAAAACUAUAUAUUUUAUUUAUUUUAACAUAUUGAAGUUAGAAAAUUAGAAAUCAUGAAUUUUGUCAGGCAAAUCUUUUAAAAAUUUGAUACUAUAUUGAUUUUGUUAUUUCAGUUAAAUGCAUAUUUAAAUAUGAACUGAAAAAUUAUAUUUGGAUAGUAUUGGAAGCUUAUUAAAGUUGUAAAAUGUCAUGACAUCAUUUCAGAAAUAAUUUCCCAGAACGUUGAUGGUGAUGAUUAUGGGAACCUAUACAGUGAACCUAAACCGAGGUUCAAAAUGUCACAAGGGUCACCAAUAGGUGGCGCCAUAAAGUUCCCUCCAAUACAACAGGUAUCUCGAUUAGACCGAAUAUCAGAUUAUGAAGGUCCAGUUAUUGUUUAGAGACUAUAAUAUAAAAUCUUAAUGUUAAUUUUAUGAGCUAGAUUUAAAAGGCUGUUCAAGGAAGAAAAAGAGGUGAUUUAAAGGCAUAUUCAAAUUAGAGUUUUAUAUAGUGUGGUAUCUUAUUUGAUAAUUGUAUAUAAGGAGUAAGAAUUUCAAAAAUGUAUGAUAUGCAGCACAGGUUUCAAAGAUGCCUUCAAAUAUUUUCUUUCAAAGUAGGGAAAACCAGGAGAACUUCAGGUCUUAACAUUUUCAUUAUUGCUAUAUUGUUUUUGCUUGGAACAUCUAUAAUUUCAAAGUGCUGAAGUUCAAUUUGGACUUGAAUCUUUGGUCACUUAUAAAAAAAUACUUUUCUUUAAGCAUUUAUACAUGUCUCAGUUCAUAAUUGUAAAUGAUUUGGUUGUGAAUCUUUAUACAUGUUAUAUUAAAGACAUUUGUUAAGUUUAAUUGUUAUAGGUUUGUUUGUGAAAUACAAAGUUUGAGAUGUGUAUGCUUUUUAACUUUAAGGUUUGGGGAAUUUCUUAAAAAAUAUUUUUGGUAUUAAAUUUACUAUUUAGAUUGCUAUCACAUACUUUUCAUAAUUUUAUUGUAACUAUUAAUUUUAUCCAUAAAGCUAUUUGACGUUUUUUAUGUAUAUUUUUAUAGUUGCCUUUAUUAUUAUUUUUUGCAUAAAAAUUGUAUUAAAAUCUGCAUCAUUUUAAACAGUUGAACAUUUAUUUUGAAAUGUUUUGAAUUAAACAAAAUAAGGAAAACAUUUUUGCACAAUUCAAAAGCUAAAAUGUUUAUACAUUUUUGAAAUUAUAUGACAAUAAAAGUUAAAAGUGCAGCAUUUAAAAAAAAAACUUGCUUUUAUGAAUACACUUUGCAUAUUACAAAGACAAAUAUGUAAUUGGUUGCAAUGAAAGACUGUAAUUUUCUUGUUUUAUUGAAAGUAGAAUAUAACAAUUUAAAGUUGAUGGAAUUUUUAUCUGUCCCAUAAAAUAUUUAUAAUGCUCUAUCCUAAAUGAUUAUUGUCCCAAAAUAUAUGGACUUUCUGUAAUUAUAUUUGCAUCAAUUAUACAUUAAAGCUGAAAUAGCCAGGAUUACCAAGUUGAACUUGUAAAAAUGGCUUGUUUUUGCAUAUUUUGUAAUUUUAAUGACUCUACUUAUUUAGAACUUAUUAUUUUCGAAAUAUAUAUUUUUGUAUAUCCAAACAGAUAGUGCAAUAACAAAAAAUUGUUAAACGACAAAUAAUUCUUUUUUUUUUAAACUAGCUGUAAUACAAAAUAUUUUGAAUAACAUCCUAUCGUAUGAAGUUAAAAUUUGCAAUUUCUUAAAUAUUUCGGUGAAUUUUCGUUUUUAUGAAAUUGUGAAUUAUAUUUUAAGAAACAGUACCAGACUUUAAAAAAAAAUAAAAA